AUACUUGUCGUCUAUAAGACCUAUCUUCGGCGUCAAGCAUGCGCAGAUAACCCUAAGCGAUCUCUAUUUAAUGUCUUAGCACCCGUGGAACAGUGAACACACAUUGAAUGGAAGUUGUAGAUAUGUUGUGUAUAUGUAGCACUCUCGUGAAACGACCGAUUAGUUGGUUUGUCAGCUAGUCAGAAGGCAGCCCACCUUUAUAACAGAUUCCAAGGUAGUGUGGCUUUAUUUCUCGUUCAUUGGACGAAGGGUGGAUAUACUUUAAGUAAUUUGUGUUCUGGAUAAACUUUUAAAUUGAUCUGUGUAAGGUCAAACGGGAAAACGUAUUCAAAGCACAUUAUAGACAGGCUCGAAAAACGCAUAAAUCCCGAGGCAAUAUUGAAUUUCUACGCCUGAUUUCAGUUCUACAACAGAAUUUAAUUAUCAGUUUGUCGUUUAUCAGCUCACCAGUGUACAUCGAAUUAACUUUGAACAUUCUCUGCACCAUUUUGCGUGAACCUACCUUGAGUAUAUGUGACUGUGCCACUACUAGAUGUUAUGUACACCACGAACACGUCUGUAAUAAACUACAGGAGGAUGACAGACGUUACGGUAAGCCGUUUGACUGUAAACCCUGCCAGCAGUAUAUAACGGUAUCGGUCAUUCUUACUGAAACUUAAGGACUGUCACAACACACUGGAACUAAGGAUUAAUAUUACGACAUUAUCACAUAACGUUUAAAAGUAACAGAGAUCUGUGCUUUUAUUGUUAGACGUUGUGACACGUUGGACCUCUGACGACAGCACGUGUGUGAUUCUAUGAUGUAAGGACGCUUCCGAGUUUUGACGGAUUUUUGUAGUUUGGUUUAAACUUUGUUUUAUUCAGAAAAGGAAACAAAAACAAGUGUCGUGACACUUAUGUAAAUUUGUUACCUGUGUAGGUAAAAUAGGUAAAUGCUUGUAGUUUGUUUUGAAAUAAUCGUGAAAUCAUGGUCUUACGGGAACAAACCGUUGUCCAAGUAAGUUCAUUGGUCAAAGACUUGGACAGGACGAUGAAAAUUAACGGUGGGUUAGAGGACAUCGUCCUCACCAACAAUCGCCAGCAUAUGCGGAGGGAAAAACCCCAGCUCAACUUCGGCAACAACGAUCGAGUGAAAGCGUGUAUAGGAAACCAUCUGUUUCAUGCUGUGUUUAAGUGUCGGUUUAAGAAGGUGAAGCUGUUGUUGGACCGUGGCUUUGACGUAAACAUGAGGAAUAGUUACGGCUACAGCGUUCUUGUGGCAGCCCUGCACAUCGACGAUAACGACCAGCGAGAGAAAAUGUUCCGAACGCUUAUCAACCGUAACGCUGAUCCCCUCCAGAAGGACCCUAAGCAUGGCCGACACGUCCUGUGCUGGGCAUGCCUUCUAGGUUGUGUUAAUGAGGUAAAGUUCCUAAUGGAUAUGUUCAAGGGAGACUUUGAUCUUCACGAGAAGGACAAGGAAGGGAUGACCGUUCUCCACCAUGCCACACAGGCUGGCCAAGAGGAAGUGGUAACCAUGCUUGCUUCAGAGUUCCGGCGCUUUGGUUUGACAGUGGACAUUGUUGACAAUCUAGGGCUGACACCUUAUCUUCACGCGCGGCGGCUCGGCUACACUAACAUCACGCGUAUACUACAAGACCAGGGCCGCGCAUGUCCCGGACAGGGCGACAUGUUUACCUUCCGGACCGGUCGGGAGUGGUCUUCCCUUGGCCGCGAGGAACGGCACGUUCAACAAGAACAAGAACGCUUUGGGGAUUACAUGAAAGCAGCAAUUCUUGGUCGAAGUCGAGUUAUACACCGAUAUCAGAGUCGAGCACCUCUUAUAAAGAUAACACCACCCGCUGAUGGAGAUGUUGUAGAUAGUCGAAUCAAAUUUGUGGUCAAGGAGAAGACUCCUGCAGGUGGCACAAAACGCGUAUCAUUCGCCCCGCCCCCUGCGGAACCUCGAUCGACACAUCUAACUUUACCGUCGGAUGUUACCCAGAGGCCUAGUUUGGCACUAACCAUGAUUGAUAUGACUCCUGGAAGUAAACAAGUUGAUCAUUUCAAAAGUAGUCAUGCAGAAACAACAAAACCGGAAACAGAUCGUUCGAACAGCCAUGGAGCGACCAUUUCAAAUAUGUUCGGAGUUUUAGCGCAACAGAACGCGUCGUCCUUUCGCCCAACGGUGGUGAUUCCGACGGCGGAACCGGAAAUCACACCCAGCAAACAAAAGCGGUCAACAUUGGCUAUACUCUUUGGUAAACAAAAUAAAAAGAAGGUUAAAUCACCAAGGGGAUCGGAGAAAAAGAAAACCACAAAGGAAAAGAAACCAAGUAAGGGACGUAAAUAGCGAGAACACAUAACAGGAUAUUGGGAAAGUUGUCUGUGUACAUUCUUGUCAAACCGGGAUGGGAACCUAUGGUUUCAGUCACACACGUCAUUGGCAUUUAACGACGACGAGGGUAUAUUAAUGAGAACUGAUAGAACGAGUCAUGUGUACCUGUUUGGUGUGGUGUCGCCCAUUAUUAAGUCCGGGCAACGCUCCUAAACAUUAUGUAUGAAUGUGUUUAUUGCAAGUCCGCGCAUGAUGCUGCAUGCUUUUUCGCGCCUGGAGUUGUGCACGUGACGAUAGCAAGCAGUACGUGAUAUAUGUAUAACUUAUAGUCUAGUCCUCCAGAUCGUGACGUGAUAUCAGGGAGUAGCCGAGAACACGUUAUUAGUAUCUAUAGUAAUAGAUAGGUUUUUCAUGUAAUAUGAAGAAAUAGGUUUUUAUCAAAUUUUAUCACAUUUCCUUUAUGAAUGUUGAUAUAAAGUGUU